UUUUAUUCCAUAAUUGUUCAUGCUAGUGGGAAAUAAAUUCUACAUUUGGUAUCCCUGCGAAAAGGCAUGCUGUCUCAAAACGGCAAUAAAAUGAAAUAAAACUGAGCUGCAAAAAAUUUUAUUUAACCGUACAGCGUUUAGACUAAACUACAAAGCAAGUUUUAUAUUGAUGUUGACUUUUGACUCUGAGAAAUACAUUUCUGGUACAAUUGUUCUAGUGGUUCAUUCAACAAGGUAUUUAUUUGCAACAUCACAUGUACAAAGUGGUUAAAGCUAAAGUAAAAAACAUUGAAAAUUACGAUAUACUCCGAUUAAUUGCCGAACCUAACCUCAAACUCGAUCUUUUAAGACUGAAAGGAAAUGUCAGUUUAGCCAGUAUAAACCAGCUAUAUUACGGAUCCUUUAAAUCUUCUUAAUCUUUUAUAUUACUUACAUUGUUGCUGCGUGUUAAAAGAGGGAUGCCACGCAGCAAGCGUAGAGCGCCCUCUAGCACAAAUCAUCAUACGCCUAUUGAAAUGUCACCUAGUGCUCAUGAAGAGGGUAUAUCGAGGCAUCCUUCAAAAAGACUUAGACAUACAUCUAGUGCGAGACGUUAUUCAAAAACAGAAGAUGUUUCAACUGCUUCAUCUUUUUCCCAAAAACGUUGUAUCACGUGGUUUAGAGAAUAUACAACACCUGAUGAUUCAGAUACUCUUGGGCCUGAAGGAAUGGAAAAGUUUUGUGAGGAUAUUGGUGUAGAACCUGAAAAUGUAGUAAUGCUUGUUCUUGCAUAUAAAAUGAAUGCCCGACAAAUGGGUUUCUUUACACUAAGCGAAUGGUUAAAAGGUCUUUCGGACUUACAGUGUGAUUCUAUUAGUAAAAUACAACAGAAACUUGAGUACCUAAGGAAUCAAUUAAAUGAUCCACAUACAUUUAAGGGAAUAUACAGAUAUGCUUAUGAUUUUGCUAGAGACAAAGAUCAAAGAAGUAUGGAUAUGGAAACAGCAAGAGUUAUGUUACAAUUACUUUUGGGAAAACAUUGGCCAUUGUUUACACAAUUCGCGCAGUUCCUAGAUCAAUCGAAGUACAAAGUGAUCAAUAAAGAUCAGUGGUGCAACAUUUUAGAAUUUUCUCGUACAAUCAAUCAUGAUUUAGCUAAUUAUGAUUUAGAUGGAGCAUGGCCAGUAAUGCUUGAUGAAUUUGUUGAAUGGCUAAAAAUACAACGUGGUGAAGAAGCUUCUUCAACAGAAGCUAGGGGCAGCUGAAACAUUCAAUAAUAAUAGUCUACUAAAAUAAAAAGAACUCAUCUCUUCUAUCACCAUAUUUUGUUAAUAACGAAAUUUCUGUUUCUAUCAUAACCUCGCAACAUUUCAAUUAUCAUCAUUCGUACUACCUUUUUUAUUAAUCAAUGAUAAUGUAAGUAGUUUAUCUUAAUAUGAUUUUACACAGUUCUAAGUGGACUCUGGUUACAAAUUUUCUAGAUUAUUCUUAAUUACUUAUCACCAUUCAUUGCUAGUCCAAGGUUCGUCGCAGAAAUUCUUGUGAUUAAAAAUAAAUAUAUUUUCAUAUAAGAUUUACUUGUGCAAUUUAUAAAAUAUAAUUUCUAUUAUAAAAUGGAAAAAGUAGAACACAGUGUAUAUUACCUAUAAAGUUUUGUAUAAAAGAGAUAAAUUUUUUAUUGCUGUUUUAAAUCUUAUUUUCAUAAAUUAAUAAAAUUGUAAUAGCUUUAUAUUUUAGAUAUUAAUAAGUAUAACAAAUUUUUAUUUUGAUUUACUAUAAGUUGAACAGUAUAAAAUUACAAGUGAAGUUAUUCAUAAACAUAUAUCCAAAAUUCUUUUUACAGUGUUUAAGUAUGUUUCAUAUAAAAAUGUUUACAAAAUUUAGACAUAUGUGUAUAACUAUUAUCACGAAAUAUUUAAUAAUCACGAAUGUUAUUAAGUAGGUUCAUAAAUAAAAUAACAUGUAUAGUAUGUAAGUGCUAUUACAAUGUUUAAUAUCUAAAAUACAAUAGAACACAUUGGUACAUAUUACUUAGCUCACAUAAAAUAAUUCCUAUACAUGACAUAAAUAUCGAUGUACAUUAGAAUAUCGAAUUUCUUAUUAAAUCAAUAUAACACUUAUGCAAUAUUGAAAUUAAAUUUAUUUCGAAAUAUUCGGUAAGAUAAUACACUAUUAUGUUUUUAUUCAAUGCAAGAAAUUUAAACAGGAUUGAGUAUAUUUUUGUAAUAAAAAUCAAAUAUACGUAUAUUUUUUAAUCGGUUUCACUAAUUUAGAGAGGUAUAAUACGCUCUUUUUUAAAUAUGUUUCUCGUCAUAAAAAUUUUUGCGACAACUGAAAUGGAUUAAAUGUAUGGUGAUUGUUCAAAUAAUUUGUAUUAUAUUUUAGCUCAAUCAAUUGCCAAUUUUUACCAGAUUUAAUCGCGAGUAGUUGGACAUACAUCGCGAUUCUGAAUUUUAUUUAAUAAACAAAUUUGUCCAGUAAUAAUAACAUAGGAAAUUAUUGCGGUAAUAUUAUAAAUUAGUUCAAUUAUUACAUCAAAGUUGCUUAAUUAUGUGUAUGUGUAUAUUUUUUCCUGCAUGAGCACUUCUAUUACAAAUAAUGUUAUCAUUAAUGAUAUAAUAUAAAAUUAAAUUUAAAAUUUCGCUCAUAACUUCCAAAUUAAUAGUAAUCUUAAUUCACGAAUGAAAAAAGUAUCUAAUGGAAAAUUAUAAACCCAUACAUCAUAAUGAAGAAAUUAGAAACAAGAAUUAAAAAUCAUCGUAUAUCGCUGCAAUACAACUGCGAUGUGGAGAAUGUAAUGUAAUGACGAAGGUAAAAUAAAUAAAAUACUUUUUUCAAUAAA